AUGCGUUGGUCCCCAUUCUUUUGGAUCCCUAUUUGCUUAGCUCUUCUCUCAAUCUUCCUGUUAAGGAUUUUCCCUUUCAAUUCUCCACACAAUCAACCUAAAGAGAAACUUUUCACUGUGGAAGAAAUUGCUCUAUUCAAUGGCACUGAUCCUCAAUUGCCUAUUCUUCUUGGCAUUCUUGGGUCAGUGUUUGAUGUAACUAAAGGCAAAAGCCAUUACGGUGCCGGAGGAGGUUAUAACCAUUUUGCGGGAAGGGAUGCUUCCCGCGCAUUUGUUUCGGGAAAUUUUACAGGUGAGGGACUUACUGACUCCUUGCGUGGUUUGUCUAGCACUGAGGUGAAAAGCAUUGUUGAAUGGCGAGAUUUCUACUUCAGGACUUACAUAUUCGUGGGUAAAUUGGUUGGUCGCUAUUAUGAUAUUGAAGGCAACCCCACGAAGUACUUGAAAGGGGUUGAAGCAAAGGCUGCCAGAGGUGCACAGCUACUUGAGAAACAGAAGAAAGAAGAAGCUCAAGUACCCAGCUGUAAUUCAAGAUGGAGUCAAGAUGAGGGUUCAGAGGUAUGGUGCGACAAUGGCUAUCCAAGGUUAGUCCAGAGACCAGUAGAAAUAGCUUUGACUGGGAAAAUGAGCAAAAGAUGUGCUUGCUUCAAAGAAGAUGAACUGGGUCAGUCCGGUUUGGAAGUCUAUGAAGGAUGCGAUUAUUUUGCCAUGAAAUGUCAAUUAUAG